UACAUAAAACCUAGAACGUUUGAGUCCUGGUGACUCUACCGUACCAGUGAUCAAUGCAUCAGGCUUUACUUGUUCCCGAAGUUCUCCUAGAGAUAUUUGUCUAUGUGAAUACUAUACCAUCUACAUCGACACAGAAAUUGCUUGCAGCGCUUGCAAGGACAUGCAAAAUCUUUCACGAGCCUGCGAUGGAUUUACUGUGGACCGAAAUCCAUGGGUUAGAACCACUGCUAGGCUGUGUAGCAAGGUUAUAUCCACUGAUAUAUCGUAGUGGUACAAGGUGGGACGAUUUUUUUUCCUGGGCGAAGGGCGUCGAGCCAUUAUCUGCCCAUGAGGCCCGUCAAUUUCUGCGUCACUCCUCCCGUAUACGCACAUUGAACAUAAAAAGGACCCAUCCUCAACUUAUCUCUGUCAUUCCCGCCAAUGUAUGCGUAUUUCCGAGGUUGAGGUCGUUAAGUCUUUCCACCGCAUUUUUGAACCUCUUUCUGCCUCACACGCUGCACCAAUGUCAUCUAUUGACCGUCGACAAGGGUCUGCAAUCUUUCGUGACACGUUGCAUUGCUUUGGAGCAUUUGGACAUCCACAUUGACACACUAAGCUAUUAUGACAGCGCAACGGAGCUGUCCCUGCUAUCCGAUAGGAUUCGUUGGUGCACGCGGCUUGUAACUCUGUCUUGUCCAAUGCUCGACUUGGCAACAUGGAAGCACCUCUCCUGCCUCCCUACUCUUCUCAAAUUGGAAAUUGAUCAAGGGUAUGAUGACCCUCCUUCGCUGCCAGAACAAGAUAUCGUGAAUUUCUCACCAUUCCUUAAUAUCACAACUCUUUCCUUUCGACAGCUGUUCUAUGCUGCAAACAUCAUCAUGGUCAUACAACACUCGCAAUUUCCCUCGCUGAAAGAGUUCAGGUUUGAAGCCGACUAUCUGUCUUCAGAAGAGGCCGAGGAACUCUUUCAUGCUCUGUCCCGCUGUAAAGCGUGUCGGACUCUAGAAGAAAUCAUCAUUUGUUCUCCUGAUGAGAGUGGCCUUGCACGCCUAAACAGCGAGCAUUUGACAUCAAUUCCACAUUUCCUUUGCUUUACACAGCUUCGAACCCUGCAGCUCAUGUUUUGCAAUUCCUGCAUCUACCUGGACAAUGACAUUCUCUUGCAAGCUAUGUCUAGUUGGCCGCACAUCCGCACUCUGACAAUCAACUGCUUAGACGGCCAUCUUUCUUCUUCCGAAGUCUCCCUCCAUGGAUUAUUCACAGCGCUCAGUCUAUGUCCACAAUUGCAUACACUACGGAUUCCAAUCAAUAUUGCAACUAUCGACGUUGAUCCUGAUGCUGAGCCAAUACAACAUACCUCCCUACGAACUUUGGAACUUUUGGAUACAUCUCAGUCUCAAAUAGCAGAUGCUGAAACUCUCGCUCGCAUCAUUUCCGCCUGGCUCCCUUGUGUCGACAAAGUUGAAAGCAUGGAUAGGACUUGGGAUGAAGUCAACAAGCAUUUCAAAUCUUCGGCAGCAGCUACUGCGCUGUAUGUCGCGGGAGCCUCCUAGAAUAGUUAAGCUUGGAAUACCUUCACGUCUGGGAAUGUUGUUACAUACCUUAAAGUUCUUUCAUUCCUUCGUUGUCGUUGUCGUUGACUGUAGUUAUAAACUGCAUCACCUCAACAUACUUAAUCGCCAGCAAGAACUCACCGGUUCACUGAUUUGUAUGAUUUCCAACACGAUUAUUGGCGUCAGGUGGGGGUCAAUUCAUCUUCUGGCAGUCUGACUGCUUUCUUCAUCAUGUUAGACAAAUGAUCCGAUCACCUUCGGACGUUUCCUAUCGUCAAUUACAGUAAAAAU